AUGUCCAAAAGAUCAAACUCCUCUUUACAUAACACACACCCCAGAAAACGGGCAAAAGCCACAGCAGAGGAAGAGGAAGGAGAUGAAAAUGACAACAGCAGUGAAGUGGACGAUGCACUGCUGAGUCAAUCGCUCCUGGCAGCGGGGGACGUGGUGAGUGAUGCAGGCAUUGUGGAGAGCGUCACCCUGAGGAACUUCAUGUGCCACUCGCUCCUCGGCCCAUUUACAUUUGGAUCCAACGUCAACUUUGUGGUUGGAAAUAAUGGAAGCGGGAAAAGUGCCAUCCUCACAGCUCUUAUUGUUGCCCUUGGUGGAAAUGCACAAGCUACAAACAGAGGUGCGGCGCUCAAAGGCUUCGUCAAGGAAGGAGAAAGCUCUGCCGAUGUGUCUGUUACAAUGUGUAACAAAGGAAGAGAUGCUUUUAAGCCUGAAGUAUAUGGCUCAUCGAUCACUGUAGAUGUGAGAAUAUCGCACGAUGGUCUGAGGACGUACAAGUUGAAAAGUGCAACUGGUAAUGUUGUCACCACUAAAAAGGAUGAACUUUUGAGCAUCUUGGAUAACUUUAAUAUUCAGGUUAACAACCCUGUGUCCAUUCUCACUCAAGAAAUGAGCAAAUACUUCCUUCAUUCCAAAGGAGAGGGGGAUAAAUACAAGUUUUUCAUGAAGGCGACACAACUGGAGCAGAUGAGAGAGGACUUUAUCCACAUCAAGUCAACCAAAAAUAUUACAGAAGACAAAGUGGAACAGCAUAGUGAAUUGUUAAAGGAUUUAAAACGCAAAUAUCUUGAAAAAGAAGAAUGUUACAAAAACCUGGCAUCACUGGACGAAAUGAACAGCAAAUUGGGAGAGUUACAGAAACAAAUGGCCUGGGCUUUGGUGCUGGAAAUGGAAAAGGAGCUAGAACCACUGAAGGAGAAGCUGGAGGCUGACAAGACCUCAACCAAGAAAUAUGACGAGAAAGUACAAGAGUGGAGGCUUAAGAUCGAAGAGGCAGAGAAAAAGUACAAAGAGAUCCAAGAGCAGUUAGAAGCGAUCACCCAGCAAGUCCAGGAGCUACAGCCCAAGUGCGCAGAGCUGAAGGCUGAGGCUCAAAGACGCAACUCUCUGCUGAAGUCCAGUGAGCUCACUGUCCAUCGAUGCAGAGCAAACUUAAAAGAUCUUGAUAAAGACAAAGAUCAGCUCUCAAACAGGAUAAACGAUUUAAAGCUGAGCAUUAGUCAGACCACGGGAGCGGAGAGCCAGGCCAGGAUGGAACAGAUGCAACAGAUGGAGACUCACCUGGACAAUCUAAAGCACCACAUCUCGACUCUGGGGCAGCAGAUUGACCAGUACCAACACGCCUGCAACCGGGCCAAAGAAGAGCAAGCUAAGAUGAGUCGAGAGAAUGAUGCUUUGAUGAAGUCCAUGAUUGCCAACAAAAGAAAUCUUCAGACUUUGGAGAGCAGUCGUUCCAAUCGCCUGAGUCGCUUUGGGGAACACAUGCCCGCUCUUCUCAAAGCCAUAGACGAGGCUCACCGGAGAGGCCAGUUCAGGCAGGUUCCUCGAGGCCCUUUAGGUUAUCUGAUCAGCCUGAAGGACCCAGAGCAUGCUUUAGCUGUCGAGGUGUGUCUCAAAGGCCAGCUGCAGGCCUUCACCUGCGAUAACUACGACGAUGAGAAAGUACUGCAGGGGCUCAUGUCCCGAGUGUUCCCAUCACGACGACGGCCUGGAAUCAUCACCAGCACUUUUCUGCCUCAGGUCCAUGACACAAGCAGGAGAGGAGUGAAUCAUUCUGAGUAUCCCUCUGUGCUUCAAGCACUGGACAUCGAGGACCCAGUUGUAGCCAACUGUCUCAUUGACCAAAGGGGCAUUGAAAGCAUUCUUCUUAUAAAGAACCGAACAGAAGCCCGAAGACUGAUGCAACUCCAAAGGCCUCCUCCGAACUGCACUCAGGCCUUUUCCAAAGACGGUGAUCAGAUCUUCCCAAACCGCAGUUAUGCUGCAGACCAGAGCAGGGCCAACUACCUGUCCGGAGACGUGGAGGAGGAGAUCAGACACCUGAAGAGAGAGCUGGACAACCAGAGUGGCCAGUCCUCUCGCUUUAACCAACAGUUGCGGAAACUGGACGAUGAUAUUAAACAAAACCAGAUGUUGCUCCGAAGAUCACAUGCAGAGCAGAAAAAUGCCAAAGAUAAAAGUACUAAGUUACAGAUUGAGCUGACUGACAUUCAAAAUGUGGAAGAGCCUCAAUCAGAAGAUCUUCGUCCUUUGGAGGAAGAGCUUGAAGACAUUAUUUCAAAAAUCACGUCAAAGCGCACAGAAUAUGAAGAAGCAAAGAUUCAAAUGGCCGACCUGAAGUUCUCUUACGAAAAGGCAGAGCGGGAAUACAAGAAGCACAAAGAACAGAUCAACACCAUCGCUGAGCAAGCAGAUUCUGUCAAAGAAGAGCUGAGUCUAAGUGAUCAGGAAGUGAUCAAGUGUAAACAUCAUAAAAAACAUUAUGAUGAAAAACGUACUGCUCAUCUGAACAACAUCCAAACUCAAGAAAAUCAUCUAAACGACAGAGAGCGGGAGCUACAGGCUUCAACCACCAAAGCCUCAGAGAUCUGUGCAGAGCGCCUGGAGGUGCGUCGGACAGCCCGCAGUCUGGACACGGAGAUCAAUCGGCUUAAAGUCAAGAUCAGCACUCAACAGGAACAACAAGGAGACCCCCAGGAGGUCGUCAGAAUGUACCAGGAGGCUCUGGAGAACUAUAAGAACAUGGCUCAGCAGAUGAAGUACCUCAACAGUUUCAUUAAAAGUCUUGAUGAUGUGAUGAACCGCAGACUGCAGGCUUAUGCUGAGUUCAGAAGAUUUCUCUCAGCUCGCUGUAAAUACUACUUUGAUAGCAUGCUGGCUCAAAGAGGCUACACAGGAUCGAUGACCUUUAACCACAAGGAUGAAACUCUCUCCAUCUCAGUGCAGCCGGGCUCAGGGAACAAGGCCGACCUCAGUGACAUGCGCUCGCUGUCCGGGGGGGAGCGCUCCUUCUCCACCGUGUGCUUCGUUCUGUCUCUGUGGGCCAUCACCGAGGCUCCAUUCCGCUGCCUCGAUGAGUUCGAUGUCUACAUGGAUAUGGUGAAUCGAAGAAUAUCUAUGGACAUGAUGUUAAAGGUGGCAGCUGGUCAACUUUACCGACAAUUUAUUUUCCUCACACCACAGAACAUGGGAUCUCUCCCUGAGAGCAAAAUAAUCAGAAUCCUGCAUCCCGUUCACCCAAACAGUCGGGUGAGCAGUCGUGACUGCUGCACUGAAGGACACAGGACGGUCUCUGUGAUGUCCUCUGGCUCCUCCCAGUGUCUGUGGCCUGUUCAAAGACCCCCACCCUCAGUGCUGUGGACCAGCUGA